CUGAGCCCGUGACCCUGCAGCGGAAGUACAGGCCGAACGUUUGUGAGGGAGACCUUGGCCUCCUUUACAAGUCUGUAAUCAGACGUGCGGCUCUUCCUCAAGGGUCUGGACCCGGGGGAAAAAACUCUGUAGCUAAGGAGGCUAUCCUGGAUGUUGCUUCCAAACACUAUGUCACCACUGAGCCCUCAGCUGCUGGUGGCAGCUGCUCAGCAGACCUUAGGCAUGGGAAAGAGAAAGGGUCUACCUCGAGCUACCUGCCUCCACCUUGCUGGAGAGGUACUGGCUGUGGUCCAGGGGUCGAAGCCAGCUAUACUGUAUGAUGGCCACUCUGCAGGAGUAUUGGUGCUUCAGAGCUAUUUGGAGAAGUUGCAGGAAAUGGGUUUCCUGGCCUCUGGACUUCACUUUCUUGACAUUGGAGAGAACAGCCUAAUUGUUGAUCCUAAGCAAGCAUAUCAGCAUUUGGAACAGGUGCUCCGUGGAACCAUAGCCUUUGUGGAUGUUUCCAGUUCUCAGCCUCACCCUUCUAUCUGUUCCUUGGACCAGCUUCAGAAUGUGAAGGCUCUUGUGACUGAGCUCAUCUCACAUCUGCAGAGGCUGCAGAGAACCCCAUCCUUGGGAGCCUCCCACAGCAGGCUCCAUUCCUCACAGUGGAAUCUCUGUACUGUAUUUGGCAUCCUCUUGGGCUACCCUGUCUCUUACACUUUUCAUAUGAACCAUGCUGAUGACAACUGUUUAGCCCUGACCCCAUUACGUGUAUUCACUGCUCGGAUGUCAUGGCUUCAAGGUCAACCCUCAAUCCUGCUCUAUUCCUUUAGUGUCCCAGAGUGCUUGUUCCCAGCCUUGAGGGAUAUACUAAAUGCCUGGGAGAAGGAUCUCAGAACCCGAUUUAGGACUCAGAAUGACUUUGCCGAUCUUAGAAUCUCUUCUGAGAUAAUCACACUGCCAGCUGUGGCCCUGUGACUUUAAUUCUCCUCCUAUGUAGAAGGUAUUUAGUAAACAAUCACUUCUGACUUGUCAGUAUCAGACAGGAAUCCUAAAAAGUGCUAGUUUUAAGUGUUUUGAGAACAGAAGAAUGCUAGGAUGAAUUGGUCACGUACAGGAAUGGGUGGUGGUGGUGAUGGUAGUAUUGGUAGUACAUGUUUGUGAUUACUAGGGUGUCUUAGCAGUGUCUAUUUACUUUUCAUUGGAUAAGAGGUAGAAAGAAAGAACUCAUGGGGAAGGAAGGGUUGUGGAUGACCUACUCUUGUAUAGUAGUCUGUCAUAUGUGGAUAGUGUCUUAGAAUAGAGAAGGAUUAUGGGUGUUUCUGUCUAUGUAUUUCCAACUGAAUCGAAUUAAGGAGAGUAGACCUGGAUACCUGUCAUCUUUGUAAUACAUUGUUCAGGAAUAAACCAAAAGUUCCAAGACAAUUUGGUAAGGUGACAUUUAUUUAUGUAGAUUAAAAAAAUAGCUGAGUGUCUCCUGUAAGGCUAGCUACUCAGGAUGC